AGGCUCUUCCGGUGGCUACGUGGCUCUCCGCUGCCAUCUUCACGCUAACAGCUAAACGCUCCACCGUCCCUGCUCCGGUCAGCUGCUUCCCCACAGUGACACUAAAUCUCAGAAAACAACCCAGACUGCGGAUUGAAGACCGUCCUCACAUCCAGAGAGACCAAACAUGGUGCUGUUGGCAGCGGCGGUGUGCACCAAGGCCGGGAAGGCCAUCGUGUCGCGGCAGUUUGUGGAAAUGACCCGGACACGGAUCGAGGGCCUUCUGGCUGCGUUCCCCAAGCUGAUGAAUACGGGGAAGCAACACACCUUUGUGGAAACGGACAGCGUUCGCUACGUUUACCAGCCGCUGGAGAAGCUCUACAUGGUCCUGAUCACCACCAAGAACAGCAACAUCCUGGAGGACCUGGAGACGCUCAGACUUUUCUCCCGUGUGAUCCCAGAAUACUGCCGUGUUCUGGAGGAGAGCGAGAUCUCAGACCACUGUUUUGACCUCAUCUUCGCCUUCGAUGAGAUUGUGGCGCUCGGCUACAGAGAAAACGUCAACCUGGCUCAGAUCCGCACCUUUACAGAGAUGGACUCCCAUGAGGAGAAGGUGUUCCGAGCGGUCAGAGAGACUCAGGAGCGUGAGGCCAAAGCAGAGAUGAGGAGGAAAGCUAAGGAGCUGCAGCAGGCCAGGAGAGACGCGGAGCGCUCUGGGAAGAAGGUGCCGGCGUUUGGUGGGUUUGGUAACGUGAGCAGCGUGUCCUCAGGCUCCAUGAUCACUGACACCAUAGUGGAGCCAGAAAAACCCAAGUUCACACCGACUCCAGCCCGGUCCAGUGGACCCAGCAGGGCUCUGAAACUCGGGGCUAAAGGCAAAGAAGUGGACAACUUUGUGGACCAGCUUAAGUCUGAGGGAGAAACCAUCAUCUCCCCCUCAGGAAAGAGAGGCUCAGACGUCUCUAAAGUUCUGCCACCUCCAGUCAACAUGGAGAGCGUACAUCUGCGCGUGGAGGAGAAGAUCACGCUGACCUGCGGCCGUGACGGCGGCCUUCACAACAUGGAGGUGCUCGGCAUGGUGACGCUCCGAGUCACCGACGAAAAGUACGGACGCAUCCGCCUCAUCAUCAACAACAACGACAACAAGGGACUGCAGCUUCAGACGCAUCCUAAUGUGGACAAGAAGUUAUUCACAGCUGAUUCUGUGAUCGGUCUGAAGAACCCAGAGAAGUCCUUCCCGCUCAAUAACGACGUCGGCGUUCUGAAAUGGAGACUGCAGACAACAGACGAGUCCCUCAUACCUCUAACCAUAAACUGCUGGCCUUCAGAGAGCGGCUCUGGCUGCGACGUCAACAUCGAGUACGAGCUGCAGGAGGAGAACCUGGAGCUGAACGACGUGGUCAUCAGCAUCCCCGUCCCGUCCGGUGUCGGAGCUCCUGUGAUCGGAGAUCUGGAUGGAGAAUACAAACACGACAGCCGGCGGAGCGUGCUGGAGUGGUGCCUACCGGUCAUCGACGCCAACAACAAAACCGGCAGCCUGGAGUUCAGCGUGGCCGGCCAGCCCAACGACUUCUUUCCCAUCAGCGUGUCCUUCGUGUCCAAACGCAACUACUGUGACAUUCAGGUUACCAAAGUGUCCCAUGUCGACGGCGACAGCUCCGUCAGAUUCUCUACAGAAACCUCCUUUGUUGUUGACAAAUAUGUCAUCGAGUAAAAAUAUCGGAAGGAAAAGUAAAAAAAAAAAAUAAAU